UUGCUGUAGUACUCACAUCUUGAACGCAGACCCAUCAACUCAUCCAACCAUGUCUGCUGAACUCACAAAAGUCGAUUCCGCCAUCGCUGGCUUGUCGAUAUCCCCCAAGGACGAAAAAGCCCCAGACAAGGUAGAAAAGAAGUCUCAUCGACGUACCUCUUCGGCUGCCGCGGGGGGUAUCUGGAACAUCAAGGACUUAGAAGAGAAGAAGAUCGAGUUGACCUUGCCGAUCGAGACACAAAAGACAGGAUGGAAGCUCAACACAUCUCCCAGCACAAUUGAGGACAGGGACAUUCUCAAACUGUAUCUUGUCAACCCGCCAGUCAAGAAGAUCGACCUGCACUUCCCGUUAGGGCUGUCCGUAGUGGCUCGUAACAUGAAAGGUGUCACCGUCAAAGACGCGCUGGACGCGAUCUACAAGCAAUACAAGAAGAAGGCCGAUGACGAAAUGGAAAAGCCCUACCUCGCUGGUUUCGAGUGGGACAAGGAUGAGUCCUGGACAAGCCUGAUCGUUCAUCAGACCAAGCAAGGUCCGCCUCAGCAGACGAGCAGCAAGAAGUCCAAGAAGAAGAAGAGUGACGCAUAGAAGCAGCGCUUCCUCUCACUGGCAUCCGAGAUAUCGGACUAUCGCUUUCAAGCUGUCAUUACUUUAUUCAUACGCCUGACUAUGCCUUUCCUACCUGGCUACGGCCUUACGUCAGGGGAAGCAUAGCAUGGAGCGGAUGCUGGUGUUGUUUUCGUCUUGCCUGUCAUUUCUUCUCCGGAGUUUUUCUGUUCUUUUCAGUUCUACCACCUUCUGGCCGGUUCGAACAGAACGCAGGCUCUUCUGCAGUCAUCUGUUCCUGGUUUAUCCCACUAGUAUCCUGGAGGUUCACUUGUCAGUGGUGGACUCUAUCUUCCAGGUGUAUUUCCACUCACUCUAAUAUGUACCCAGCAUUCAAGAAACCACAUUCCAAUAUGGUAACCGUACCUAGUA